UGAAAAAUCUUUCUCUCAUUACAGAUUAAAUCAGAGAAAUGGAAUUUAGAAAUCAAACUUUGGUGACUGAGUUUUUAUUUGUGGGCUUAACAAAUUGCUUCCAGCACCAGGUUGUUCUGUUUGUGAUGUUUCUCUUGGUUUAUCUGGUCACUCUUCUGGGAAAUGUGGGGAUGAUCACCCUCAUUUGGAUGGAUUCCCGGCUCCACACUCCCAUGUACUUUUUUCUCAGCCACUUGUCCUUUGUGGAUGUCUGCUCCUCUUCUGUCAUUGGUCCCAAGAUGUUGACAGACAUCUUUGUGAAAAAAAAAGUAAUCUCUUUCUUGGGUUGUGCUGCCCAGUUAUGGUUUUUUGGUCAGUUUGUAGUGACAGAGUGUUUUCUGUUGGCCUCCAUGGCUUAUGACAGGUAUAUGGCCAUCUGUAAGCCCUUGUUGUAUACACUCAUUAUGUCCCGGCGAAUCUGUGUGCAGCUGGUGGUAGGGCCUUAUACCAUGGGUCUUAUAAGCGCCAUAACGCAUACGACGUUUGCCUUUCGCCUGCCUUACUGUGGUCCAAAUACCAUCAAUCACUUCUUCUGUGACCUUCUUCCUGUUCUCUCCCUGGCAUGUGCAGACACCCAGGUCAAUCAGGUUUUACUUUUCAUCUUGGCUGGAGCUCUAGGAGUGCUCAGUGGUGUGAUCAUCCUGGUUUCCUACAUUUACAUCGUGGUCACUAUCUUGAGGAUCCGCUCUGCUGAGGGGAGGCGCAAAGCCUUCUCCACCUGCUCUUCACACCUGACUGCUGUCUCCAUCCUGUAUGGGACACUCUUCUUUAUCUACGUACGCCCCAGUUCUAGUUUCUCGCUGGACAUCAAUAAAGUGGUUUCUGUGUUCUACACAGCCGUGAUCCCCAUGUUGAACCCCCUUAUCUACAGCCUGAGAAACAAAGAGGUCAAGGAUUCAUUCAGGAGGACGUUUGAGAAGAAGAAUCUUCUUCUGAGUAGGUAAACUAGAUACCAUUUGUACUACAGAUUGAGAGGUGAUAUAGACACAAGAUGCAGGGCAUGGGCUGGGUGAUGGGAGUCCUACUUUUGUGUUGAGAUUCACUUUUUAUUACUGUGUGUCAUUGAGAAGUGAUAUAUCUUCAGAUUACAAUUUUCUCACUUGUCAUUGAACAGAAAUGAGUUUUAAAAUGUUAAACUGAAGUACAUGGAUUAUUGAACCCCAAUGCUUUAAGAAUACGUUCCGUCUGGGGCACCUGGGUGGCUUGGUCAGUUCAGCCUCCAACUCUUGGUUUUGGCUCAGGUCAUGAUCUCAUGGUUUGUGUUCAAGCC